AUGUUAUUUACGCGACUCGCUUCUUCUUCUCGAUUCUAUUUCCUUCAAUUGUUCCUUCUUCUCGAUUCUUUUCCUUCAGUAACUCAGCUUCUUCUUCUCGAUUCUUUUUCCUUCAGUAACUCUGUGUUCCUUCUUCUCGAUUCUUUUUCCUUCAGUAACUCUGUGCUUCUUCUUCUCGAUUCUUUUUCCUUCAGUAACUCUGUGUUCCUUCUUCUCGAUUCUUUUUCCUUCAGUAACUCAGUGCUUCUUCUUCUCGAUUGUUUUUCCUACAGUAACUCAGUGCUUCUCCUUCUCGAUUGUUUUUCCUUCAGUAACUCUGUGCUCCUUCUUCUCGAUUGUUUUUCCUUCAGUAACUCAGUGCUUCUCCUUCUCGAUUCUUUUUCCUUCAGUAACUCUGUGCUUCUUCUUCUCGAUUGUUUUUCCUUCAGUAACUCUGUGCUCCUUCUUCUCGAUUGUUUUUCCUUCAGUAACUCAGUGCUUCUCCUUCUCGAUUCUUUUUUCCUUCGAUUAACUUCUUUCCUUCUCGAUUCUUUUUCCUUCAGUAACUCUGUGCUUCUCCUUCUCGAUUCUUUUUUCCUUCAUAACUCAGUGCUUCUCCUUCUCGAUUCUUUUUCCUUCAGUAACUCAGUGCUUCUCCUUCUCGAUUCUUUUUCCUUCAGUAACUCAGUGCUUCUCCUUCUCGAUUCUUUUUCCUUCAGUAACUCUUUGCUUCUCCUUCUCGAUUCUUUUUCCUUCAGUAAAAAAAAACUUUCCUUCUCGAUUCUUUUUCCUUCAGUAACUCUUUGCUUCUCCUUCUCGAUUCUUUUUCCUUCCUUAGUAUUUUUAGCCUCCCAGGUCUUCUUCUUUCAUUACGUAACUCGUAAAUUUGAAAUGUUUCUUUGA